UGCCGGCUAUAUUCAGUGCAGGAAUAAAAAACACCUCCUUGGUUGCUCUACACUGCUUGCACUACCUCCAGAUCUAGUGCAACCAGUUCAGUGAACUCGUGCACUAAGUUUUCCUGCACUGGAAUAACGAACGGUAUCGGCUACAUCAGUUCUGGAAUAACGAACACUUUAGUGUACACUUUUUGAACUAGUGCAGCCAGUGCAGGAAUAAAAAACAAACCUCUUAUGUCAUUAACAUCUUGUUCGUGAUGUGAAAUAUAUAAAGUACUUUUUAAAAAUUUUAUUUUUAAUUAUAUACAGAAGUAAAUUGUAUUUUAUAUCAAGAUGUCACAGAAAAAAAGAGUACUUAUGAUAUGUUUAGGCAAUAUUUGUCGUUCACCGAUAGCAGAAGCUGUAUUUGAAAAUGAAAUGAGUAAAAGAGGUUUGAAGAAUCAAUGGGAAGUAGAAAGUGCUGCUAUAAUGGGAUAUCAUACGGGUAAAGUGCCAGAUCAUAGAGCUUUGAGUACGCUGAAGAAAAAUGGGAUCACUAGAUACUCUCACAGAGCACGCCAAAUUACACAAGAUGAUUUUGAUAAGUUUGAUUGGAUAUUUGGCAUGGACAAUGCUAACAUUCAAGAUUUAAAUAAUCUAAAGCCAAAAGAAUGUCGGGCAAAAGUGGAACUUUUAGGAAGUUAUGAUCCAAAUGGAGAAAUCAUAAUACGAGAUCCAUAUUUUGAUGGCGGUAGUGCAGGAUUUCAAAAGGCUUAUGAACAAUGCCUGAGAAGUGUAACAGCAUUUUUGAACAAACAUGCAAAUUAAUGUGAAGAGUAAUCUAAAUAUUAAUUUAAAUACAAUUUUAGGAAAAUACAUUUUAAUGUAAACUAAUGAAAUUUUAUAUUAUAAUUUUUCGUAAUUUGUGACUGCU